AUGACAUCUAAACCUACCUUCAUCCUUGUAAUUGGAGCCUGGCACACGGCCGAUACUUGGGGAAAGGUAGUCUCGGGACUCGCUACCCACGGCUAUAAAUCUACUGCCGUGACCCUCCCCACGACAUUGGGUUCGGCUUCUGCCAGCUAUACUGACGAUGUUGCUGCUGUGAGGGAAGCCAUCGUCGAAGAAACUUCCCAAGGCGGCAAUGUCGUGGUUGUUGUACACUCCUAUGGCGGCGCCGUCGGCAGCAGUGCACUGAAGGGUUUGACCAAGGCUUCUUCCCCCGAUCCUGGCUCUGGGGUCGUCAUAGGUUUUUUUAUGAUUGCCACCGGUUUCAUGCUCACGGGAGCCGUCUUCUUGGAUAGGGUCGGCGGCAAGCCGCUGCCAUUUUGGGAGGAGGAAUCGGAUCCAGGCUUCGCUCUUGUCCGUGUCCCGGCAGACGACCUGUUCUACCACGACCUCCCCAAGGAAGAGGCUGAUUACUGGGUCGGCCGACUCCAGAAACACUCUACAAGGGCCUUUACAGAGGGGGCUGAUAUCUCGUAUGCCGGUUGGUUGGAAGUUCCGGUGUGGUAUCUCGUCACAACUGGCGACAAGGCUCUUCCUGCCGAGGCGCAGCGGGCGUUUAUCAAGGAAGCCAUUGAUGCCGGCGGCAAUGUGACGAUUCGGGAGAUUGAAACGAGCCACUCGCCCAUGCUCAGUAAGCCAGACGAGACCGUUGGUUUCAUAUUAGAAGCCACCGCUGCCUUUUUGAAGUAG